AUGGAGUUUGAGCCUCAUACAGAUUACCCGGCCAUCGCUGCAGAUAGACACAAGUUGAAGGUUCUGUCGCUCUUUGACGGUAUUGCAACAGGAUACCUGAGGCUCAAGGACCUUGGCUUCAAGGUGGAACGCUACAUUGCGUCAGAGAUUUGUGAGGAUUCCAUCGCGGUGGGCGCUGGCAAGAUUGAAUACAUCAGCGACGUCUGCACCAUCACAAGGAAACACCUUGCUGAAUGGGGCCCUUUUGACCUGCUGAUUGGAGGAAGUCCUUGCAACGACCUCUUCAUGCUCAAUCCCCUACGGAAAGGAUUGUUUGAUGGCACCGGAAGGCUCUUCCUUGAAUUCUACCACAUUUUGACGCUGCUGAAGUCGAAGGAGGGUGACGACCGGCCUUUCUUCUGGCUCUUUGAAAACGUGGUGUUCAUGUCCAGCAGAGACAAUACGGACAUCUGCAGAUUCCUGAAGUGCAAUCCUGUGACUGUCAGCCCCGCACAUCGAGCUCGCUACUACUGGGGAAACCUUCCAGGCAAGAAUAGGUCGGUGGGCGCAUCCUUGGAUCAAAAAGUGAAGCUUCAGGAUUGUUUGGAAGUUGGCCGUGUAGCAAAGCUGGACAAGGUGCGAACCAUCAUAACAAAGACAAACUCCAUGAUUCAAGGGAAAUUGAGACUUCCGGUCAUCAUGAGCGAACUGUGGUGUAGUGAAAUGGAGCAGAUUUUUGGCUUCCCCAAACACUACACGGAUGUGAACAAUAUGGGCCACUUGCAGCGCCAGAGGGUCCUGGGGCAUUCCUGGAGCAUCGCCGUCAUUCGCCACCUGAUAGCGCCACUCAAGGAUUAAUUCGAAUGUGAAUCACACCAGCCAAGUCCGUAAGGCCACAGAUGCAUGAAUACCGUUUCUGGACUAGAAACCGCAGCCGAAUAAA